GCCCCGCUCACCAUCAAACACUGAAAUAUUUUUCCUUGUCCUCGUGCUCCGUUAAAAGCUUCUUCUCUUCUUCGAGUGUGGCCGCUGGCAAUUUAGAUUUUUCCUCUAUCUGCUCGUUUCGCAAUUUCCGGCUUGGAGGUUGAUAACCAGGAAACACGGAAACGCGUUGCAUAACGGAUAAAAAAUAAGGAAUCGUAUUCGAUUCUUUAUUCACUCUGCAUUCCCAAAUAUCUACAGCCUAUCCUUACUCCUCUCCUCACGGGCGUUUCGUUAGUGCAUCUACGAUCUGUUCGACACUUGGGCUUCAUCAGUGCAUCGACGAUGUGAACUACCCUCCUCUCCGGCGUUUCAAACUUUCAGUGAAGUCUAGAACAGUCGUCUUCAUCAGUGCAUGGUAUCUGUUGAUAAACUUAGAGCUUUUGUGCAAGUUAGAGUUGCUUAUAUUUUUAACAAGGGUAGAAUGGUCUUUCCACCCAAAUUGGUCCACCCAAAUUGGGUCAUUUUAAAGUUUGAAUUUGCAAGGGUUAGCGUUUCAUCUCUGGUCCCUAACCCAAGAAUUCCCAACCUAGAAUCAGCCGAAAUUCGGAAUUUCCACGAAUGAAUUUGCAAAUUGAAGCGGGAGAUAAUCCUGGGAGACAAUGGUCCUUGCAGGACUUCGAGAUCGGAAGGCCCCUGGGCAAAGGCAAAUUCGGCAGAGUUUACCUAGCCCGAGAAGUCAAGAGCAAAUACAUAGUAGCAUUGAAGAUAAUAUUCAAAGAACAGAUAGAAAAGUACAGAAUUCAUCAUCAAUUGAGAAGAGAGAUGGAAAUUCAAACAGGUCUAGUUCACCCUAAUAUACUACGCCUCUAUGGUUGGUUUCAUGAUGAUGAGCGAAUAUUCAUGAUUCUUGAGUAUGCUCAUGGCGGUGAGCUUUACAGAGAGCUCAGGAAGAAAGGUCAUUUCACCGAAAAGCAAGCCGCGACGUACAUUGCAAGUCUCACUCGUGCCCUGGCAUACUGUCAUGAGAAGCAUGUGAUUCAUAGAGACAUUAAGCCAGAAAAUUUGUUGCUGGAUCAUGAGGGUCGAUUAAAAAUUGCCGACUUUGGAUGGUCAGUACAGUCAAAAAGCAAGAGAAACACGAUGUGUGGAACAUUGGAUUAUUUAGCACCAGAAAUGGUGGAGAACAAGGCUCAUGAUUAUUCAGUUGAUAAUUGGACAUUGGGUAUUCUUUGCUAUGAGUUCCUCUAUGGUGUCCCUCCAUUUGAGGCUGAGACUCAAAAUGACACAUUCAAAAGGAUUGUGAAUGUUGACCUGAUCUUUCCUUCCACUCCUAGCAUCUCAUCAGAUGCGAAAAAUCUCAUCAACCAGCUUCUGGUGAAGGACUCCUCAAAGAGACUCUCUCUUCAGAAGAUUUUGGACCACCCUUGGAUAAUCAAGAAUGCGGAGCCCACUAAGGGUAUCUGCAAUUUGUUGGGUCUUUAAAGUUCUAAUCUCAUUCUAUAUUUUUGUUGUAUCUUUUAAGUUUUAAUCUCACUCUACGAGGUAAUGUUGAACUUAAAUUUUGUAGUGCUUGUGAAAACCAGAGCUUUUGUAUAUAGAUGCUUAACUGUUUGUCCAAGGGCCAAAUUGCUUUGGUUUUUUCGUAUUUCAUUGUGGAAUAUAACCAUUCAGAAUAUUGUCUGUA